GGCGGGGUCAAGCGGGGGCUGGCGGCGGCCGGGCGGGGGUGAUGGGAGCGGCCGGCGGGGACGGCGGGCCGUGAGGGGAGCGGCGGCCACCCCUCCCUCCUGCCGGCAGGUUGAUUCUGCUUUAGAAUAAUGGCAGGAAAAGUGAAAUGGGUAACUGACAUAGAAAAGUCUGUUCUGAUAAACAACUUUGAAAAAAGAGGCUGGAUUCAGGUGGCAGAAAAUGAAGACUGGAAUUUUUAUUGGAUGAGUGUACAAACAAUCAGAAAUGUUUUCAGUGUGGAAACUGGUUACCGCCUCUCUGAUGACCAAAUUGUCAAUCAUUUCCCAAACCACUAUGAACUGACCAGAAAAGAUUUGAUGGUAAAGAAUAUCAAGCGCUACAGAAAAGAACUUGAGAAAGAAGGAAGUCCUCUUGCAGAAAAGGAUGAAAAUGGGAAAUAUAUUUAUUUGGAUUUUGUUCCUGUUACUUUUAUGCUUCCUGCCGAUUAUAAUCUCUUUGUUGAAGAAUUCAGAAAAAAUCCCUCCAGCACUUGGAUUAUGAAACCUUGUGGCAAAGCUCAAGGAAAAGGAAUAUUUCUAAUCAACAAACUCUCCCAAAUUAAAAAAUGGUCUCGAGAUAGCAAAACAUCUUCGUUUGUAUCUCAGUCUUCCAAAGAAGCCUAUGUGAUUUCUCUUUACAUCAACAAUCCAUUACUUAUUGGUGGAAAGAAAUUUGAUCUUCGUCUAUAUGUUUUAGUAUCUACGUAUCGUCCACUGAGAUGUUACAUGUAUAAACUUGGAUUUUGCCGGUUUUGCACAGUAAAAUAUACACCAAGUACAAGUGAAUUGGAUAACAUGUUUGUACAUCUUACAAAUGUUGCCAUUCAGAAACAUGGGGAUGAUUACAAUCAUAUCCAUGGAGGCAAGUGGACAGUGAGUAACUUACGACUGUAUCUGGAGAGCACCCGUGGAAAGGAAGUCACAAACAAAUUAUUUGAUGAAAUUCACUGGAUAAUUGUGCAGUCACUGAAGGCUGUUGCACCUGUUAUGAAUAAUGAUAAACACUGCUUUGAGUGCUAUGGAUAUGACAUUAUCAUUGAUGACAAGCUUAAACCAUGGCUAAUUGAGGUUAAUGCUUCCCCUUCUCUUACUUCCAGUACUGCUAAUGAUCGCAUCUUGAAGUAUAAUCUUAUUAAUGACACACUUAACAUUGCUGUGCCUAAUGGGGAAAUUCCAGACUGUAAAUGGAAUAAAUCUCCACCAAAAGAGGUUCUUGGGAAUUAUGAAGUCUUAUAUGAUGAAGAGAUGGCGCAAAGUGAUGGGCCUGAUCGUGACUUGCGAAGUCGUUCUGGCCAGUCCAGUGGAGUAAAAGGAAAUCGUGCAAGAGAUUCAGGAAAGCCUGUACUAACCACCUGGAAGUGAUAACAGAACAAACAGCUGCACUCUUGGUAGGAAGACAUCGUGAACAAAAAUGCAGUUUUGAACAUAUUCCUCUAUUUUGCUGCGUUGCAUGUGGGAAAUAUUAAAAGAGGGCAAUACAGCCUUUGAAAAGAAGUGAAAUAAACAGUCUAAAACCAGGAACUGUACUAGACAUACACUGACUUGAUGAUUAUUACAAUAAUUUAUAUAAUAUGUAUAUAUAAUUAUUUUAUAUACAUAUACUUUGCAUAAACUAAUGUUCUCUCAGUAAUGAUUAUUUAUAAAGAUGACAACUUUAUACUUUCUUUAUAAAGAUGACAACUCAAAAUAUGCUUUCUGAAAGAAAUGCCUUGCUGUUGUGGAUGUUAUUUAUUUCCUAUAGUAGCCUAUCCCUAAGCCCCUAUAAUAAAUGAGCUGUGGAUUCUGUAAAAGUGUUGUAGUGGUGAGUGUUAAUAUUGUCACAAUGAUUGUUCAGAUUCUUGCUAGUAAAAGAAGAGCAACUAGAAGAAAUACCAAUGCAUGGAGUUGAGGCUAUUGUCAGUUAAUGCAGCUAAUGAUUUAUAACCAGUAUUAAGAAGUAGAAAAGCAGCUCUUUAUAUGCUGAGGGUUUGGGGUUUUUUUAAUUUCAUUUAAGUGCUUUGAGCUGCUAACUCUUUAAAGGUAGAAAUAUUCUUGGACUGAAGGGAGUGUUUCAAAUGGUAUUUUGAUGCAUUAUUUCAUUAGCCAUUUUUAUUUCAAGAUAAUGCAUGUCUGUGGAAAAACAGACAGAACAACUACAUACUGUAAUAAAUCUUGUUGCUUGAAGCUGAUGAUAAAUCCUUAUUUGCACCAGAAUCUCUUUGAGUAUUUAUGUAUGUAUAUAGGAAGUACAUUAUCUGUAUAUUUUUGUAUAUUUUUUGUGCACUAUAACAAAAAUAUUGUUGCACGUGGUAAGCUAUUUCUGGUAGCUCUGAUUAUUACAAAAGUUGUGAUGAUUACCUACCAAAAUGUAUAGAGCAAAAGUUAAAAAUAGGUAUUUCAGUCUUCUAACAGCAUAGCAUAUAAAUAAACUAGUUGGGUCUGUGAUUGGCUGUUGCUUCCACUUGCAUUUCCACCAGUUAUUGGGCGGUUAUUUAUAAAUGUCGAUGUGUAGUUUUGGUCGUCUUUAUUCUCCUUCCCCCUCCCCCCUUUUUAUGGUUUUUUUUUUUUUUUUUUGGAUGGUGGAGUAUUGUGAGAAAGAAGAUGAAGGGAGAGAAAGAUGAAGGAGGCUGAGAGUUGCAAAUGUCCAUGUAACCAUAAUACACUCUAAUCUGGAUGCCACUACUGCAGUGAUACUCAGUCUGCCUGCCACAGCGGGUUACGUGCUUUGCCCUCCUAUGUGGCAGGCCACUAAAAGUGUAUGCAAAGUGAACUUUAACCUCUCCCAAAAGUUUAGAGUUUCUUGAAAGCGUAAAACAGAUCACCUGCACCACAGAAAAUGUCAGUCCUUUUCCUGCUUUUGAAGGUCCUUCUAGAAGAGGGCAGCUGGUCACAAACUGCGGCCUUUGGGACAGUUGGUGCUGAUGACUCUCAGUCUGAACAGAAUCCGGCAAGAGCAGUUUUGGGCUCCCAAGGGAGGGCAGAUGUGGGCUGGGCUGACCAAUAUCCUUACACGUGAUCUGGGAUUCAUCCUUGAAGUAAAGAAUGAAGUACGUAGACUGCAUGAGUCACUCCCAAGUGUAAUCCUCAUCUUGGUUAAUCUUGUAUAUUCCAUUAAAAUAAAGACCAAAAUCCAACUGAUUCUCUGGUCAUGAGACUUGAAUCUUCUCACUGGCCUCUAGAAAAGCACAUUCAAGUUGGCUCUUGAAAUAAGGCUAAGAAAAGAUGAUUACUGCAGCAUAGCAAAGCUCCUCUAAAUUCCAGGUCUCAUAGUUGUUGGGGCUGGGGUUUUGUGUUUGGUUCGUUGGUGGUUGGUUGUUUUUUUUUCAGUUUUGAAGUGUGAGUCUUGCUUGUGUACUUGAACCUUGAUACCUGUGCUACUCUUAGGUAGAUGUGUGGUCAGAUAUCAAGGGUUGUUGUAAUGAUGUGAUAUUUAGUGGGCAGAUGUUUCCGGCUUUACCCCCAGCUGCCUGUUGGGGGUAAAGUAGGAAGUAGCGUCAGCCUUAGGAACUGUGAGACUGUAGUAAAUAGUAUUUUGUAGUAUGGCUAUAUUCCUUAGAGAGGUAACACAACAAGGAUACUUGGACAGAAGAAAAAUGCAGCUUUCUCUCACUUUAGUUUCCACGGCUUAUAAUUCAUUUCUUUAUUAGCUUGGACAAAGGAGGUUAUUGUAGUCUUGUUCUGUCAUAACAGCAGCACUAGCAAGGAUGGCUACAAUGGAAUGAUUACUUCUUCCCUUUAGCUUCUUCCCUGUUCAUGCAGCCUACACUGGUGGGACUUUAUAGGGAAGAGGUAUGGUGAGAAAUGCAGAUGCUGGUAAAAAAAAGUCAACUUCCCACUGUUGUAUCUGGAAGUCAUAACAUAUCUGAGCUGCAGUGACUUUCGGUGUCCCUUUUGUGAAGGCUUAUUGUAAAAGCAAAACCACACCUGGGUUUUUAGGCUUUAUUGCUGUAGAAGGCCUUGGAGACUUAAUUCAGGGGCCACUUUUAGCUAUAAUUUCACCAUGAAGCAAAACUGAUGGUUGCGUCUAAAUAGUUUUGUUCUUCCAAACUUGUUUGUAGGUGGUGCUCUGUGUUGGCAACGGUGUCUUCUCAGGUAGGCAGUGAAUUGAAUCAGGGCCUGCAGAACGCAUUGACAAGACAGAAUUGGAAUGGCAUUACCUGUAAUACUACUAAGAUUGAAUGUUUUAAUUGUUUGGGUGUUCUCUAAUGGCUUGGAAAGGGUCAACUCAUUUGAGCUUGCACUCUUAUUACUCAGUAUAAUAAUGCACGUCUUCCAGUCCUGACUUCUGAAAAAUUGUCACCAUGUUAGAUCAGAGAAAGUCUUACUAUUGCUUUCAAAGAAUAAGGAUUUCUGUCCCAGUGUGUAGCAGAUAUAUUUCAUUCACAUAUAGUAUUUGGAGAGCAGUAUUUUGUAUGGAAAAUAUUUUUGUUGCAGAGCUAUGAAUUUGGAACAAGCAAAUCCUUCUCUCUGGUCU